CAAGAUUACAUCAAGAAAACAGGAAGAGAGAAAAGAGAAAGCACAAGAAAGAAUUCAGUCUUACUGAGGAGUCUGCCUCCUCCUGAAUCUCCAGAAUCUCACAGAGGAGAAUCCCUCCUUCUGUGUCUCCAGUUGUCCUUCACGUUUCCAGACCUCCUGUCAACAUGGCCAUGAGUUGGUCUCUCUUCUCGAUCCCAUUGCUGGCCGUGGUCCUUCUGGGCCUGACCUCCGCCGCCCCCUCUGGCCCGGCCUCCGACACCUGCGUCAGCCUGGUCCAGGGCCGCUUCUUCGGUUUCUUCUCCUCCUCGGCCGUCUUCCCGUCUACGCCCUGCUCCUGGACCCUGCAGAACCCGGACCCGCGCCGCUACACCGUCUUCGUCAAGAUCACCAAGCCCACCGAGGCCUGCCUGCCCCGCCAGCUCAAGACCUUCCAGUACGACUCCUUCCUGGACACCUCCCGCACCUACCUGGGCAUGGAGAGCUUCGACGAGGUUGUGAAGCUGUGCGACGCCUCCACCCGAGUGGCCUUCCUGCAGUCCAGCAAGCAGUUCCUCCAGAUGCGCAAGGUCACCCCCCGCGAGGGCCUGGAGGCCGCCGAGGGCGACGGCGAGUUCAAGACCGAGUACCUGGUGGUCGGCAACCGCAACCCCAGCAUGCCCGCCUGCCAGAUGCUGUGCCAGUGGCUCGAGACCUGCCUGUCCUCCAGCACCCACGGACACCCCUGCGGCAUCAUGCAGACCCCCUGCCAGUGCUGGGAGACCCCCCAGCGCAAGCCCGGCGGCUGCUUCCGCGCUGGCGUCUACCUGGAGAGGUGCAUUCCCACAAUCCCCAGGGACGGGGGCCGCGACGCUGAGAUCAUGGGUGGCUGGAGUGGGUGGGGCCGCUGGACGGAGUGCAGCAGCGAGUGCGGGGGCGGAGUUCAGACGCGCAGCAGGACCUGUCUCCCUGAUGAAAGCUUUCUGUGCGAGGGCGUGGUCGAGGAGGGCCGGCCCUGCAACCCCCAGCCCUGCAUCGGUAAAGUGCGUUCCCGAAGCCAGGCUCUGCGCUCCAUCAAGAGAGACAACGGUGAUGAACCCCGCUAUGGAAACCUGGCCCCCCAGACAGUGGACGCUGUGGCGGACGAGUGGUCCCCCUGGAGCGUGUGCUCGGUCACCUGCGGGGAGGGCUGGCAGAGCCGCACCCGCUUCUGCGUCACCUCCUCCCACAGCACCAUGUGCACCGGGCCCCUCCGCGAGCACCGGCCCUGCAACAACACUGCCGUCUGCCCAGCCGCUCUGAUUGCAGUGCAUGGAGCCUGGGACGAGUGGUCCCCCUGGAGCCUGUGCUCGUCCACCUGCGGCCGCGGCUACCGGGACCGCACCCGCACCUGCAAGCAGCCCCAGUUCGGAGGGAACCCCUGCGACGGCCCGACCAAGCAAACCAAGUUCUGCAACAUCGCUGUCUGCCCAGUGGACGGUGCCUGGAAUGAAUGGUCCAGCUGGAGCUCCUGCUCUGCCUCUUGCUCUAAUGGGACCAUGCAGCGCACUCGCGAGUGUAACGGACCCUCUUACGGAGGCGCUGAGUGCCGAGGGGAGUUUUUGGAGACGACCAACUGUUUCCUGAAAGAGUGCCCAGUCAAUGGCCGCUGGCAGUCCUGGAGCAUGUGGGGAAGCUGUUCCAGGUCCUGCGGUGGGGGCAGCCAGCAGAGACAGAGGGUGUGCGAGGGACCGUUUUUCGGAGGAGAGCCCUGCCCUGGAGACAGACAGGAGACGCAGCGUUGCAACGAGAGGAGGUGCCCAGAACCCCACGAGAUCUGUGGCGAGGAGAACUUCGCCAAUGCCGUGUGGAAGAAGACGCAGGCUGGCGACAUUGCGGCUGUGCACUGCCCUCCUGGAGCCUCUGGGUUGAUCCUUCGACGAUGCACCCUCAAUGAGGCAGGCAUUGCUUACUGGGAGAGUCCAACAUACAUCAAAUGUGUUUCCAAUGAAUACCGAGACAUUCAGAUGAUGACACGUGACCACCUGUCAAAGGCGCAGAGGGGGCUUGUGGGAGAUGGAGUUUCUGAGGUAAUCUCCAAGCUGAGGUCCACCUCUGACGAUGGGACGACCUACAGCGGGGACCUGCUAGCCAUCGUGGACAUUCUGAAGAACAUGACGGAGAUCUUUAGGGGGUCCUACUACAACCCCAGCAACACAGACGUGCAGAACUUCGCCCACUCGGUCAGCAACCUGCUGAAGGAGGACAACCGCGAGAAAUGGGAGGAGGCCCAGCUGAUGGGUCCCAACAUCAAAGAGCUCUUCCGCCUGGUGGAAGACUUUGUUGAGGUGAUCGGCUUGCAAAUGAAAGACUUCCUGGACAUUUACGAGGUCACUGAAAAUCUUGUGCUCAACAUCCACAAGCGUCCGGCUGCCGCCACCUUUGAUGUCAGCUUCCCCAUGAGGGGCUGGAGGGGCAUGGCUGACUGGGUCAGGAACUCUGAGGACAGGGUAAUGGUGCCCCGAAGUGCCCUGUCCAUGAGUGAGCCAGACGCAGAUGACGACUCUGCAAUUGUGACCGGAAUUGUCCUCUACAGAAACCUGGGCAGCAUCUUGUCUCUACAGAGAAACACCACAGUGCUCAACUCCAAGGUGGUGUCAGUCAUGGUCAAGCCCACCCCCAGCUUCCUGUCCUCCCCCAUCGAGAUUGAGUUCUCCCACCUCUACAACGGCACCACAAAUCAAACCUGUAUCUCCUGGGAUGAAAGUGACAGCUCUUCGCUGCUUGGAUCCUGGUCUGCGCGAGGCUGCAGAGCGGUGCCCGUCGACUCAUUCAGAACCAAAUGUGUGUGUGACAGGCUCUCCUCCUUCGCCAUUUUAGCGCGGCAAAAUCCCGAUAUGAACAUGGACAAAUCGCUGCUCCCGUCGGUGACGCUGAUCGUGGGCUGUGGGGUCUCCUCCCUCACGCUGCUCCUGCUGAUCAUCAUCUACGUGUCUGUCUGGAAGUAUAUCCGCUCUGAACGCUCUGUCAUCCUGAUCAACUUCUGCCUCUCCAUCAUCUGCUCCAAUGCCCUCAUCCUGAUUGGCCAGACUCAAGCUCGCAACAAGGUGGUGUGCACACUGGUGGCUGCUUUCCUCCAUUUCUUCUUCCUGUCUUCCUUCUGCUGGGUGCUGACGGAGGCGUGGCAGUCCUACAUGGCAGUCACGGGGCGUCUGAGAAACCGCAUCAUCCGCAAGCGUUUCCUGUGCCUGGGAUGGGGACUCCCUGCACUGGUCGUGGCUGUGUCUGUGGGCUUCACCAAGGCCAAGGGUUACGGCACUGUCAACUACUGUUGGCUCUCUCUGGAAGGCGGCCUCCUCUACUCAUUUGUUGGACCAGCUGCAGCUGUCGUUCUGGUGAACAUGGUUAUUGGGAUCCUGGUUUUCAACAAGCUUGUGUCCAAGGAUGGCAUCACUGAUGUGAAACUGAAGGAGCGGGCUGGGGCGUCGCUGUGGAGCUCUUGCGUGGUACUUCCUCUGCUUGCCCUCACCUGGAUGUCCGCCGUGCUGGCCAUCACCGACCGCCGCUCCGCCCUCUUUCAGAUCCUCUUUGCCGUCUUCGACUCCCUGGAGGGCUUCGUCAUCGUCAUGGUGCACUGCAUCCUACGCAGAGAGGUCCAGGAAGCGGUCAAGUGCCGUGUGGUCGACCGUAAGGAUGAUGGAAAUGGGGACUCAAGCAGCUCUUUCCAGAAUGGUCACACCCAGCUCAUGUCUAACUUUGAGAAAGACGUCGACUCUUCCGGCAGACCAGGCACCCAGAAGCGCCCCUCACUCCAGGGCGACGAGAAGGUGGCCCCGCAGGGGAUGUCCGUCCCCAAGGGCUCCAACUUCCACACGCUGCCCGCCAACAUGAACAAGAAGCACCUGCAGAACGUGGCCGAGUUCGGCAGCCACACCCUCACGCUGAAGCGGGACAAGGGCAGGAUGGGCGGCGAGCUGCCUGGCAGCAACUCCAUCUACAUCUGCGAGGGCGAGCUCUUUAAGCAGCUAGAUGCCGACCUGGCGGCGCGGGGCGCGGGUGAGCUGGCCGGCGUGGACGGCAGCAGCUACGUGCUCCUGCCCAACACCACGUCCACGCUGCGGCGGCCCAAGGAGGAGCAGGCCCAGUACAACAUCAGCGUGGAGCAGCUGCCCCAGACGCGGCUCGUCCACCUCAGCAGCCCCCCGCCGGAGCCCAGCUCCGGCUUCAGCAUGAAGAGCCUGCCCUCGGACCGCGUCAGCGUCUCCUGCUCCGAGAGAGACUCCCCCAUCCAGAACCUGCACAACAUCUCCAGCGAGUCACACGUCACCAGCAGCAUGUGCGACGCAGGCGAGUCCUGGAACUCCAUGUCCAAGAGCGAGACCGUCUCCACGCUCUCCAUGAGCUCCUUGGAGAGGCGAAAAUCCCGCUACGCAGAGCUCGACUUUGAGAAGGUCAUGCACACACGUAAGCGCCACCAGGACAUGUUCCAGGAUCUGAACCGGAAGCUGCAGCACGCCGAUAAAGACAGAGAGUCCCCUCCCUCAGACUGCAAGCCUGUUCAGAGGUGGAGCGUUUCGUCGGGGGGCAGUGACAAGACUAGCCUGAGCGACAAACCGCAGACACCCAGCGAGCGGGCUUGGGAGGGGGUCCAGAAGACGCACUCGCCCCCGUCCUGGGUGCGCAAAGACCUGGAGCCCCUGCCGGCCUCUCCUCUGCAGCUGCAGGCUGUGGAGUGGGAGAAGACGAGCGCCAACAUCCCGCUGGUGGGCCAGGAGAUGAUCGACCUGCAGACCGAGGUCUGAGGAGGGUCCUCCCCUACACCCACCUUGAGAGUCUUCUCUUUUCCCCUUUUGGGCCGAAAGAACACAAUGGCAAGGCAAGGAAGAGCAGAAACGGAGAGAGCACAGAGAGGGAAAAACACAAGCCCCACGUCCACAGACUCUUUGCGAGGACGGAAAGCGUUAUGCGUUUUGCUUCCUUUUCAAAACACGGACGGGAACGGAAAGCACCGGGGAGGUGUGUUGGGGUGGAACGUCUCACACACACACAGAGAGGGAGGGGGGAGAGAAAUCCGGUUCCGUCCUGAUUCGGCUGCUUCGGAGUUUUCUGCACUCUUAUGACAGGGCUCAAAAAAAUAGCUAUGGUUAACAAGGCCUGAAUAUUGUGUGCUUCUUUGACAUGGAAUCCCUGGGUUAGCGUGGGGAAGACCGGUCAAAGGACGGAACGCUUGAGCUUGCCGCCGCGGCGUCUUCCAGCCAUGCUAUAGCGCUGCUGACCGAGCGCAUGCAUUGUUCCCACCCCCAGCUGGGGUGUGAAUGGUGGAA